AUGACUCCUAAGAGAGAUGGAUCCGAUUUUGACGAUGGUCCUGGUUGGACGGUGUGUCUAGCGCGGGUGAAAAUUCGUGGAUAUGAUUGGUUGGUACGUCCAAAUAUUCCAGCUUUCUCAUUAUUUUCUUGCCGGGUCGUGCGUUCAAACGUACUAUUCAUAGAGUGGGAAACAGAAUGCGGCUUUUGCCUUGUACAUUAUUGCAGUUGUGGUUUUGAUCGCAUGCUUGGUACUUGCAACACGCUUCAAGUGGGUUCGAAAGGCAGGGACGGAUAAAUUGCGACAUGUAGGAUAUAAAUUGGCGACUUCAUUUGCAUUGAUGUAAGAAACAUUAUUUUAAGUUCACGAGUUCCGCUGAUAUUAUCACAGUUACUUCCUUCUAAGUAUCAUUGUCAUCGCUUUGUUCGAGACCAGAGCAGCCGUUGUCCAUCUGUUUUAUAUCGUCUACAUUCUCGAAUCUUGUUUUCGGCGAAUUUCUGAGAUAUUGAUACUUUCCAUUAUACUUCGGAAGCUCUACGAAAGCUCGUCUUCGAGGAUGGUCCGUGGCUUGCCUGCAAUCAAUGGCGUGGCCACAACAAUUUUGGCCUUGGUCUCAUUGGCGGGGUUUGGUCUGUAUACUGGGUAUGUCGCUACUGGACUGAUUGCGACCUAUUCAUAUGGCUAUGGCGAUGAAGUUCCCGUUCCUCGAUUUUAUGGAGCCUCUGUAGAUUUUGGAUACAAUAUCCUCUAUCUUAUUGCUACCGUUAUCAUUGGGGUAUACUCGGUGCUUACUCUUAUUGAAGGGCGCUCAAAGGUAGAUCCUCACACUUCUCGUACCAUCAAAACGUGCUUCAGCUGAGCAGUCCGAUACAGGCGACUCUAUUGAUGGCUACCGUUGUAGCACCGGCUCUCGUUGUUCGCAGCUUAUUGGGCGCAGUCUCGCAAGGCGAAAACACAUUUCUUAACAUAGACACGCGGGAGCAGCUCGACAGCAUACUUGCGCUCUCAUGGGCAAGCUCUUUUAUAUAUGUACUCACGGCAUAUCCGAUAUUCCUCGGGGUUGCAUUCAUUGGGUGCAUUAAACCUCAGAAUCUGAAUUUCCUAUCUGAGCAGAAGCCCACUCCGUCCCAGAGCGAUCAGAAUGCCCUACCAGCUGAGUACACACAUAACGAAGCAUCAAAAUCCCAUCACUGUACUACACCAGUCUAUUCCAACAGUCAAGCCCCGAAAAGUUAUCCAGAUGGGCAAUCUGGGUUCAACGCCACGGCUCAUACUCAGCCAUAUGUCGUCUGA